AAAGGUAAAAACCCUUCUAAAAUCCCUAAAACCCUCUGCUUUCAUCACCAAUGGCUUUCACUCAUUCACUUUCCCUUCCAUUUUCCAUCCAAUUCCCCUCUCAUUCCCCCCAAAAGUUCACUUCUUUCCCCAAGCUACCCUUCCGCAACCCCAAGAUUCCCUUCCUUAUCCUCUCCCGUUCUUCUCCUAAGCCGGCUCCAUCCACCGAACAGGAAGCCCUAAAAUUCAUAGCGGACUCCGAUGGAACCACGCUCCCUUGUGUUCGAACCUACGAAAACGACCUCGCUCGCCUCACACUCGUUGGGGCCGUUAGCUUCGAUCAGGCUUUGACGGCUGCUGCUGCUGAUGGAGGCCGAGCCGCCACCGAGCACGUCGACUCCGGUAUCCCCGCUAUGGUUAUUGAAACUGUUUUCCCAGGUCCAACCGCUAAAAGCGCCACCGUUUCUACACGAUUGUUUUUGCCGGCUAGGAAAGUUAAAGAAAAAGCUCAAAAGCUGAAAAAGUCAUUUUCUGAAGAUAUUUUUUCCGGAACAUCAUCAAAAAACAUACUGGCUAUGACUUUUAGGCAAGUGGUUAUGCAAAAGAUUUGGAGUUUCGAACUGAUUUUGUUUCGACCUGGAACUGAAAGAGAUAUGGAAGAUCUUGAAAAUCCAAGAGAGCAGGUUCCAGCCUCGUUCACUCUCCGGUCAUCAGAAGAAAGGGUUAUCUCUGUGCUCGGUGAAGUAGUUUGCAUCUCAGCUUUACAAAGCACUGAAAAACAUUUCCUGGAAAAUUUAUUGGGAAAAACUCCCUCAAACUUCUUUCGGUGGUUUCGGAAAUCAAAAGGGAUUGUAUCAAAAGAUUCAUCUGUUGUUUUACAUAAAGUGUUUGAAGAUGAGAUUGUUGAAAAUGCCAGGAAUCUUCUUGAAAGUUUUAAUUCCAGUAAAGAGAGUUUCAAUGCUACGGAUCUGAGGCAGAAAAACUAUUGGUGGACUCAUCCUUUGCAGUCUAAGCUGGAAAAGAAUGGUGGUCAUGAGUUUAGUGCUUGGACAAGUGAGUAUAUACCUGCCUAUCGGCUGGAAAUAGAUGCAAAUACACUUAAGAAUGUAAAGUUUGAAGGAUGGAGAGAAUCUAACGAGAGUAGGUGGCAAGUUCUUCUGACACACUCCCAAAUGGUUGGAUUGGCUGAUAUAUUAGAUAUGUACUAUGAAGAUGUUUACACACUGCCCAAGAAACAACUACACAGUGGCAUGGUUGCCAAUUACAACAGCUUGACCAAAGCAAAGAGGAACUCUUCUUUCUUGAAAGUAAUAUCUUCCAUCAUUGCAAGUGGAAUUCUUCUUAUUACCAUCAGUACUAUCAGUCUAUUUAGUUUUCCUUAUCUAGGCAGAGGAGGGAAGUACCUUGGAAAAUCUCGGUCUCCAUCAUCUAUUAUUGAGUCUACAACAAUUCAAUCUGUAGACGCUGAAAAGUUGGAGACAUUUUGUGUACUGGUAAUCCAAAAGAUUAAGGAUGCUUUUGGCUGGCCUGGUGAAAUAGCAACAGAAACCAAUAUUGGUGCCUGGAUUGGUGAAAUACCAAGCUGUCUAAAAGCACCUCAUCAAGCUAAUUCUAAUAGUGAGGACAAUUCAACUAGUUUUGCUGAUGUGAAAAAAAUUGAUGCUGAUAUAAAAUCAUCUGUCCAGGAUAUUGCUAGUUAUCAGGUGGUUUUAUCAACUGAAGGAAAAAUAGUUGGGUUCCAACCUACAAGUCGGGUGGGUGUCAAUCACUGGGCUGUGAAUCCCUUAACAAAAGAGCUAUAUGGUGGGAAAAAACUCUCCCCUGGUUUAAUUGAACCUCGUCUCAAAAUCCGACUUCCUAAUGAGAUUGUUGUACUUGAGCUGUUGAUGUCAGUUAACCCAGAUUCCUGCUUUGCAUUGGCUAGGCCAAUCCAAUGAUCAUUGCUUGGUUUGAUUUUAAAAAGAGGAGUUAAUUGUAAUAAAGUCGAUGGCAUCAAUAAUCCAGGUCCUUUCUUUUCCUUUCAUUUUCUUAUUAACUAUUUUGGUUGAAGUUGGAAAACGUGUAAAGGUACAUCUCCAAUGAGAUUUCAUUGGGUGCAAUCUCAUUCAUAUACGUUUAUAAUAUGUAGAAUGUUCUAGCCUCUAGCCAUGUUUACAAAUGUAUGAGAAUGAUAUGCAUAUCAAUACAAGUGUGAUUUAUGAUUCUUUUAA